UGCCUGCGAAAAGUCAUUUGUUUAUAAGCAAGGGAAAGCUCUUUGCAGUCUAUAAUUUGUGUACAGCGUUAUGAUUGUUUAAUGAUUGGAGUGUCAGUACGGCAUAAUUUUCGCUAUUGUGUUACGUAUAAGAAGUUGUGUGCUGUAGGUUUUGCUUCACGAAAAUGUGAAUCACAUCUAAGAAAUGCAAGACUGUCCCUGUUCGAGAACAUGCAUGUGCUGUUUGUUGAAGCCUGGGAAGCAAAACAAGAAUUGUGAGCAAAGCAAGUUUGAAAACAAGGGCAAGCCCCUCAUACACAUGGCAUCUAUUUCACAUCCUGUGUAACACGUAUGAGGAUAAGUGACUUAUUUGUAAUUGAGUCCUAAUGCAAAAUAAAAGUUCGACCAGAACAGUUCAUAUUAACCUGUCGAGUGCAGUGGAGUACCCACACACUCAGCUCGACACACAACCGAAGGAAUCUUAUAUAUUUUGUAGAACGUCAAAGUGUCCUCCAACUCAUGACGAAGUCUGCUAUCUUCUUGAAACAGAAGCGGCUAAGAGAAACCAACAUACACCCUUUAGAAAGAAUAACAUUCUACUUUUGAUGAUAUCAGGUGAUAGCAGUCUCUCUCUUUGCUAGUGGAAUGUUGCAGAUGAGUUAGAAAGGAUCUCUUCAUGAAUGUAUGGUUCUGCCAUUAGCAGAAAUUUUGUAGCUGUAGCGUAUGUUGCCAUCACCUGGUGCAAGUGCAGGGCGGCUGCUGGCACGGCUUUGGGUGGGUGAUCCUCGGCCGCCAGGCUGCUCUCCACCACCUGCGCCACAAACUGUCAGUCGUGGCACUGAGACAACACCUCCAAGGCAUACCCAUCGUCCAUUUGUGUGUGGCCACUGCGGUAAGGCUUAUGCACAGUCAUCACACCUAGCACACCACGGACGUACACACACCGGAGAGCGUCCAUUUGCAUGUCAGUUCUGUGGAAAGACAUACAUGCAGUCAUCACAUCUGACCCACCAUCGCCGCACUCAUACUGGCCAACGUCAGUUUGUAUGCAAGGUAUGUGGGAAGUCGUACUGCUAUUCAUCUCACCUAGCAGUACACACAAGGACACACACAGGUGAAAGGCCCUUCACAUGCCAACAGUGCGGGAAGACUUUCGCACAAUCAUCGCACCUGUCACAUCACCGCCGUACUCAUACAGGAGAGAGACCAUUUGUGUGUAAGGAAUGUGGGAAGUCAUACAUGUACUCAUCACAUCUUGUAGUACAUCGACGGUCUCACACUGGUGAAAAACCAUUUAUUUGUCGAGACUGUGGUAAGGCAUUUGCAGAAUCAUCAAAGUUGGCACAACAUUCACGUACUCACACAGGAGAACGUCCAUAUUCCUGCUCAGAAUGUGGCAAGACCUACUCUCAUUCUUCACAUCUUGCUGCCCACCGCCGCACACAUGGUGGUGUGGAGGAUGAAAGGGCAUUUGCUUGCCCUUGCUGCCCUCGAGCUUUUGCUGCAGCUACAAAAUUGGCUGAGCAUGCCAGAUCACACCUUCAGCAGCAGCAGCAGCAGCAGCAGCAGCAUGGCCACAGUACAACUACAUUGUCAUCUUGCAAGGUGUGUGGAAAAGCUGUUACAAGAAGCGCUGAUUCUCCUGCAAGUGAUAUCCCCCCCGUCUGCCAAGAAUGUGAGGAAAAAGCAUUUUCACAUUGCCUUGCUUUGUCGUGGCAUGCUCAUAUGCAGACACAGAAUGGAGAACGCCUGAAGUUGACUGUAACAGCAACACAACCAGCACUCACACUGCCACGUCCAGCAACUGCAACACGCUGAGAAUGUUAUAAUCAGACGAAUAUCUUAUAUGUCUAAUCUAUGAUGUUUUUGGAUAUGAUUACUACAAACUAUCAGGCAAUUUCAGAACCCCUCCAAGUGCAUUUUUUAACAAUCUGUUACUUACCAUAAUUGAUUAUUUCUUCUUAAGAAUGGUGGGGGAUAAGGUUAUUGACCACCUAAUUUUUGUGCAUCAUUUGUAACAAAAAGUGUAUUGUGGAAGUCAAGAAUUGGCUUGUAAAAAUACUUAAACAUUGUGAGCUGGAUGCAACAUAAUUUUACAAUAAAAUAAUUGCAGAUACUGUUGUAAAUACGUGUAAUAAAUGUUUUCUCUGUGAAAGUACUGUUCUUGGUGUUUGUGUUGCAACAUUAUUUUACUUGUUUACACACUGGCUGGGAAAUGUAAUUUCACUGCCUGUAAUUAAGAAUAAAGGAAAAAUACUUAUUGAAAAAGAAUACUUCAGAAAAUGUGAAAUAGCCGUAUAAACGGCACACAAAAAUUUGACUGGAUUGACAGGUAUGGUAGGAAGUUGCAUUCAAACAAAACUAAUUCUGAGAGCUUCAGUGUCUUGUGUUUUAACGGCUGUCACCAGGCUCACUUUUGCUUUAGACCGAAAUCCUCUUAGAUUGCAGUGAAGUGUUCACUGUUCUAAACCUUCAUAUGAGUUUAAAUUGUUUUCUGAAUUUGAACUUCAACCCAAAUUUAUGCCAUUCUCAUUUGUUACUCCACCACCUAUUAUCCUAGAACAUUUUGUGGAAAUAUUAAUAUAUCAAAAGGCUAAUUUUGGAACAGUGUGUUAAUCUGCUACAAAGGUUUAAAAAGAAUGCAACUUUUGUGUAACGUGCAAUUUAGCCUUAUUCUUAGUAUUAAUUGUUUUCUAUCAUUAUUCCAUUAUAUGUAUGGAAAGCUUCAUAAUCCGAAGAAAAUUCCUUAUACUUCAUGUUUUAGGACAUAGAUAAUUUAUAACCAGCUGUAUGAUGACUAAUGAGCUGAAUAAUUUCCUCAUACUUGAUUAUUUAACUGCCCAUAUUUAUUGUGUGUGUUUCUCAUGUACAAAAGUAAUUGUUUCUACCUCUGUAAGUAAGUCCAUAAACUAAAAGUAAAUACUUACAUAGGCCCUA